CGAUUCAGGGAUAGAAACUGUAGCACAUCAGGUCUUGAAUAUCAAGAUGAAAACAGUUUACCAGAAGAAGUAGAAGAUGCUCGGAUAUUAACGGAGUUGUUAUCAAAAAUUCAGCCCGUCAAGGUGGUCGAGGGGAGUGCCAGGAGUGCCUUGAUAAGGUGGAGUCACCCAGAGGACGACAGUGAAAAACUAAAAGACUACGAUAUUGAUCCAUUGUCAGACUACAAGUACAAACUCUUUCUGUCGGAUAAAGGCAGGGAUGGCAAAUAUCGCAUCAUCUACAGUGGGGAUGCCUUGGAGCAUCUAAUGAAGGAUUUGAAACCUGCCACUGAGUACUGGAUAUACAUUUCAGCAUUGUUGGAUGACCUCAAGGGAGACAGAUCAGAAAUGGUGAGCUUCACAACAAUUUCCUGUGAGCCAGAAACACCACAGCCACCAAAAUUUGUCAACAGGACCAAAACCAGCAUAUCCUUGAAAUGGAAUUCCACUGCCGAUAAUGGUUCUAAGAUGCUUGGCUAUUGCCUUGAGUACGACGAGGGAAAAGGUGAAGACAAUUUCACGGAGAUAUACUGUGACCUCACACGGCAGUUCAAAGUCACCAAAUUACAGGCUUCCACAUGUUACCGCUUCCGACUUUACGCUGUCAAUGAGAUUGGCAAAAGUGAUUACAGUGACAUAGUUUGCUAUUCCACAAGUGGCAGUGUUCCGUCGCAACCAGAUGCCCCACAAUUGAAAGAUGCAUUUAUUUCAAAGCUUGCACUGGUUUGGAGCAGGCGACCAAGCGAUGAUGACUUCACGUUACAAAUGGAGGAUGAUUUAUCGGGCCAUGGCUUCCUUCCUGUGUACAAUGGCAGAGACACGAUGUAUGCCAUGGGGGGGCUGAGGAGAAAUACUGCGUAUACAUUUAAACUGUGUGCACACAAUGAGGAGGGGCAGAGUAAAUGGAGCGAAACAGUCGUGUUUAAGACACGGCCAGACAAGCCCGGCGCACCCUCUAAACCAAUCCUCAAAGAUCUGCCAAAGGAUAAUGGUGGUGCUGAAAUAUCACAGUAUAUGUUGGAACUGGAUGAUGGCAGGGGGUUUGAAGUGAUCUACACAGGAGCUGAGCUUGAAUUUCACUGUGAUCACUUGGAGCCUGGUCACACGUACAAGCUGUGCACACUCUGCUCCAGUGCCGGCGGUUACAGCGAUUGUUCUGAGGUGACUAGCAUCACAACACUCGCCGUUCUACCUGGCUCCUGUCAACCACCGAAGCUGCAGGGCAAACCGAAAGCCACGUCAAUGCAUCUCAAGUGGAGUUGUCCGUCGUAUACAGGUGGCGCUGCGAUCAGCGAGUACGAGGUUUGCAUGACGAUGCCGGACAAUACGACGCGAUACGUGUAUAAAGGCUACGACACAGACUGUGCAGUAGCUGGGCUUCUACCAGGCAGAGUCUACCUUUUCCAAGUGCGAGCGUACAAUAAGGCAGGGGCGGGUCAGUGGUCAGAUCCUCUGGAGGCGGUCAGUGGUGCAGGACCGCCCGACCGCUGCAAGGAAGUCCAGGUACAAGCCAAGUCUCCUCACUCGCUGUUUGUGUCAUGGGAGGAGCCGGUGAACAAUGGUGCAACUAUCACAGAGUUCCGCCUGGAGUGGCUCAAUCAGAGAGACUGCGCAGACUUUGUACAGCUGUAUGUGGGAGCUGCCCUCAGCUAUGAGGUCAAGGCUCUCUCCCCAGCCUCACAGUAUUCCUUCAGAGUUCAGGCGAUCAACACGGCUGGUGCGGGACCGUUUAGCCCCGCAGCCUCCUGCACCACACCACCAUCAUCGCCCGCCGCCAUCUCAUCCACAUCCAUCAAACACGUCGUCAUGGCAACCAGCAUCACGCUAACGUGGCGUGCGCCGAGCGCUCACGGAGCUGACAUUUCAUCUUACAACAUCGACUGUAACGGCAACUUGAUCUCAGUGUUCGACACGGACCUGCUGGAAUACUGCGUCGAUAGUCUCACACCUGAGACUGUCUACAGGAUUCGUGUGCAGGCUGUCAAUAGUGUGGGUGUUGGACCAUUUAGCACACCACUGAAGAUCCAAACACGCUCCCUACCACCGCUUCCACCGAGGAUAGAGUGCGCUAGCAGCAGCUACAACAAUCUCAAGCUCAAGUGGGGCGAUGGCAAGAACACAGAUUUCACUCAGUACAUACUCGAGAUGUCAGGUCGCAGUGGAAGCUUUGCCCCGAUAUACAAUGGAACAAGUCAGACCUUCAAAGUGAAUAAAUUGACAGAACAAACUUCGUACAGCUUCCGAAUAUUCGCAGUGAAUGAUGCUGGAAACGGACCCUACUCAGAAGAAUAUGUCUUCACUACAUCCAAAGCCCCUCCUCCUGCACUCAAAGCACCAAGAAUCUGGGACGUGAGUGAGAACAGUUGUAAAGCCGAGUGGUCGGUAGCGAAACCGAUGGGGGAUGACCUCUUGCUGUACCAACUACAGCUACACAGCAGUCUAAACGACGAAUUCAGAACGAUAUAUAAGGGGUCGGAGACAUCGUACACGGUCGAGGACCUGGAACCUAAGACUGAGUACCGAGCACGCAUCGGUGCGGUGCGUGUCAGCUCUGAUGGGUCGGGGGAGCUUAUAGGUACCUACAGCCCCAUCACCAGCUUCACCAGCAAGAGUGUGGAGCUAGUUAAGACAGCCAGCAGCAAGACGUCUGCGAUGACAGCGGUGGUGAUCGAGCGUAAGCCGCUCACGGAUAAGCAGUGGGCAAGCAUCCUGCUGCUCUGCUUCAUCAUCGUCGGCAUCCUCAUCGCGAUCCUCGUCCAGCAGAUUCUGUCCUACUCACGACAAGUCGUCUCAUGAACGCAGCACCCGCACGGUGCUGCCGACUGCUGGCGGUGAGGUAAGGAGGUGUCGUGAGUGCACUGCUGCGUACACGGUGCGCGCUGGCAUGCGACGACACUGUACGCACGGUGGCAGUAGGUGUCUGCGUGUGUCCCAGCGGUGCACAGUCAGUCAUCUCCCUCCCUCGUCACGAAUGCCUGGAGUCAGAGCCCCCCCCCCACACACACACGCUGGCUCCCCCUGCUGGCAGGAACAAUGACAUUCCUCACGUAGCAUGCUUCCCGCCGCCGUACAGGAGCGUUGCAUCGACAUGUCAUUUAUUUCUGUUGUCCUGACUUCACGUGGUCUAAUGCGCAUAUUGUGCAUUGUAUCACAGCAUGCUGCACCAGGAGCUGACCACGCUGUUGCGGUUGCUGCUGCACGUUGUCGUGGUUACGAUGUCAAUGCUGCUGCUGCUGUAGCGCGUUGUCAUGGUUACGAUAUCAAUGCUGCUGCUGCUGUAGCGCGUUGUUGUGGUUACGAUGUCGGUGACACGCGGCAAUGCAAGAUUAAGAGGCUGUGGAUGAUCUUGUCACUGUCACUGUACCGUCUCUCUGUCUGUAUCACUGGGAGAUAACAGUGUUGUUAUGAGGAGGUUUACAUGUGUAACUCGUCUGUAUAGUUGGCACAUGCAGUAUUAAUCCUACGAACAAGAUUCGUUAUAUUGUGAGAAUUGCAAUCGUUUACCGUCUCAGCUAAUCGUGCCAUUUUAUGUUGCUAUUGUUUACGAGGUGUUAUUACCAGGGUAAAAUCUAAAGGCAUUCCCUGCUUUCACUAAAAGCAAUCGUAGUUCUUGAAGUAUUAGUGUACCAUAUGAAGUGUAGCUGUUGGCAUUACAACCUCGUCAGAUUCAGUUUCAGUCUAGUAAUUAUAUUUAAUUGAAUUCGUCUUACAGAUUUGUAGUAGUGAUGCACGUAUGUAGUCAUAAACAGCAGAGUACACUAGUUGUAUACAACAAUGCUACCAGCAUGCAGAAUGGUGUCCAUCCCCAGGAGACAAUAAUUGGUAUGCGAUCAUUUCCUUGUAGUUCUUCUGCACAUGCACUUGUUCAAUUUUAUACAGGAAGCCAUUUUGUUCUGUCUCGCAUGCACGCAAUCGUGUACACGACGUCCCUGCACUGUCCCCCUGCCCUCUGGUGGGCCUUUGUAACAGAUGUCACUAAAACAUAUUUGUCUACUUCAAACAGAGCAGAUUGGGUUGAACAUCUAGUAAGAAACCACAUGAAACAUGACACACAGUAAGAUCUCACUGCUCACAUACAUACUUACUUACUCUACAUACUCGCUAGUAAUUCGAACCAAGGUGUGUCAGGAGAAUGGUUUAGCAUGCAUUCUAGUCUGAAUACGGCAUAGCAUAGAUCAGUGGGAGGAGCAGGGGAGGGCUAGGAGAGUGAGACAGGGCUAGGAGAGUGAGACAGGGUUAUGAGAGUGAGACAGGGCUAUGAGAGUGAGACAGGGCUAUGAGAGUGAGACAGGGAUAGGAGAGUGAGACAGGGCUAUGAGAGUGAGACAGGGAUAGGAGAGUGAGACAGGGAUAGGAGAGUGAUACAGGGAUAUGAGAGUGAGACAGGGAUAGGAGAGUGAGACAUUUCCAUGGGAUAGGACUGACAGCGUGUGACAGGCAGAGUACAAAUCGUACACCUGGGUCAUGUAGCAGCAGUAGGUUUCGGGCCAGUGCUGGGCCAGUGCAGGGGCAGCGGGGGGCAGGAAGUUGUGGGGCUUGCCCAGUUAACUCGCCAGUGCCAUUAAGGUGUAAAAUGUUUAUAUCCCAGAUCUAAAGGUUUAUGAUCCCAGCACGAGGCCGAUUGUGUAUCAUACUUAUCGCAUCUCUACUCAUUCAAACUGUGUCUCAUCGAUAUAGCUUUAUUUUUGUACUGUCUUCUUUUAAAUGUCUCUGUCUCAUUUCUAAUGAAGGCUGUUGUAGUACUUCCAGAAGAAAGGUUUUGUGAAAAAUUGCACUGCCUGUAGUUGUUAUGGUUAAUGUUAGCAUUAUUAUUAUUAUCCACAUGGUUGUGGCCGGUUGUCUGUUUAAGGCACGUGUUAAAAAUUCUACAAAGAUGCCGAUCAGCUAUCAGUGUGCAGGAGAAACAAGUGCAGCAGGAAGAACAUUUAUGCAAGCUAGUCGUUCAUACUCUAGCCAACUAGACGGUUUCUCCCCUUAAAUGAAAUAGAAAUUUCCCCGAAACGUCUGUCGCACCCAUUUUAGUUUCCUAUAAAUGGUUCACGUGCACAACCGGCACGGAUGCGGGAAAAACGUCUGCAAGUUGCUAUUGUGACCAAAAGCUUAACGUAAUUGACUACUAUUAUUCUACUCUCCCCAACAAACCAAUGACAGGGAGUGUAGCUGACUCCCGGAUGCCUGGUCGUGGUGCAAGGCCCGCACACGUCAGCGCAUCACGGGUAUUCGUCAUGGUUACUGUUUACAUCAGGGUUACGUUACUAUAUGUUGCCGCCGCUAUGUUGUGAUUAUAGCUCACGUAGAAGAAGGCUAAAGACAACUCUGGCGCUUACAGUGGUGUUCCAGCACUGUCAAACUCUUACAAGGUUUUGCAGUUUGAAUGCCUGAAUAACUACGAAAGUAUUUGCAAGAUCAGUCGAAUCGCUGUAUAAACUUCGCAGCAUACUCACGCGGAGUGAACACUAACGCAAGUCGUUACAGUUGUACUGAAUAUUCUCUCUCGAAGUGGAAUUACAUGUGGUGCAUGGUAUAACUACUCUUAAGGUAUUAGUAAGCUGAAUGAGGUACUUCUAGUGAGCCGUCACUACACAGCAGAGAUGUCCCUUCCUCACCUAGUGAGCCACGCAUGCAGACACACUGUGUUCCAUAUUGAAUAUCGGAGGGAGUUCUUGUGUCGAAUAAUUUUAAAGCUAUCUGGCUGUAGCACCCGAAUAUGUCACUAAUACGUAGGAUGGAGGAUGAGGAGGAAGAGAUAACGAGGAUGAGGAUGCAUGGGGAGAGGCUGAGGCAGGGAGGUAGUAGCAAGAGCAAUUCCUUACGCGUUCAGUUGUCAGCAAGUAAAACCUGCCACGUCUCGCCAUUUCUCCGUUAUUAUUAUGCUACUCUGGAUGUGUCUUGUCUUAUGAUAUAAUAAUAUGAUAAUUUGUUAUUCUGACUGUAGUUCUGUAAACGGCAGGACCAAGAAGUUAAUGUAAUGUACACGAUUACUAGUAGUUUAAUCAAUAAGAUAAUUCUGCAUUAUUAUACCGACAUGAAUUUGAGCGAUAAGUUAUUUUCUGAACAUGAGCACCAUGCAACACAGACGAUAUUAAAACGUUGUUGAUGUGGACCCACCAUGUACAUGAUUCAAAAUGUAAAAAUUUAAAUGUGGAAAAAUAUGUGCUGGAACUGUAGCGUUUGAGGUACCACGCUGAUAAGAUGUAGUACACGAGGGAGCUAAUGGGGGGUGCCUUGCACUAAAGCUUACAGUCACACCGUGUAGUGUAUGCAUGUGAGAAAGUAUUUAUCUUAAGUACGUACACCUCUCACCCGCUGUCCCGCGGCUGGUCACUUUCUCUCCCCUCGGUUUGCUUCCUCCCUCUGUCUAGUUUUAACAGAUGGCGCCUCGAAAGUAACUGAACAAUUUUAUGGGUGGUUGUUGUUAUGGUGCUUGUUGUAUUGAUGGUCAGGGUUAGGGUUGCCUUGUUGGUCCAUGAUAAACGGUCUCUAUAUUCCCAAUUAAAUUCUAUAUUAUAUUUUUGGACAUGUGGUUGAAUGAACGUCUCUUUGCCAGUACAUAUGUCGUUUGUUUUGCGGCUAUCGUUGUAAUAUAAAUACCAGAUCCGUAUGUUGAAUGUAAAUUGAGAAAUAUAUAUAUGAGAUGAAGUUUGAAGAUAGGAAGAGAGAUAACUUCCUAGACAUUGAUAUUUGCAUCACGUCAAGACGUGUUAUUUUGCUAGAGCUGCAAGCAUGGUGACGUCACUGAUGAGUGAGUGGAUGAUGAUUAUGAUGAUGAUGAGCAGCGACUGUGUACGUGUACAGGUUCCGAGGGAAGCCAGCAUAUAGGUGCAAUCCGUAGAGAACGCGUCGAUUCUGCCAGUACAGCACACAGACUGUCAGAGCUCGUCAUGCAUGACACAUCGAUGGCAAAACUUGUAUCGCAGUUAAUAGUGAACGCGGCUAAUCCUCUAUCACAGAUCAAAGUGUAAGCUGCUCGGUUAAACUCGACUCGCAGCGUUCGAGUCAUGCUAGUGCAUGUGCUAGUAUAAAGAUGGCUUUAGUAUUUAUAUGUUCCAGAGUACGUAGAUGUUUUGCCUGAUAGCUGGUGAUAAUAUAUUAUAUGUAUACAUUAUAUUAUAUUCUUCAAACUCUGUGAUGACGUUGGGUAAAUGUAUAACUAUUAUGUCAAAGUCCUCUAUUCAGCCAAUAAAAAUAUUGCAUAAGGG